AUGGGGGACAAAUCGGGAAAUCCAUACGACAUGGACGGAUCGUCUUUCGAUGCUGAUCGGUAUCUGCAGAAGCUGCUAAAGGAAUGUUCGCUCAAACAAAUCAUGGACACCGAGUCGACGAUUGUGCGCCAAACGCAAACCCUACACAGUGACAUGCAGACGCUUGUGUACGAAAACUACAACAAGUUCAUCUCAGCCACCGAUACCAUCCGUAAGAUGAAGACCGACUUCAAGUCGAUGGAAACUGAGAUGAAUCUCUUGAUGGCCAACAUGCAGUCGAUAACGGACUUUAGCGAACGGAUCACGGACACGCUGCAGGAAACGCGCUCGCAAUUGACCCGCUUGUCCGGUAAGCACCAGUUGCUGAAGAAGCUGCAGUUUCUUUCCUCGCUACCGGCAAAGCUUAAGACGCUGAUCGAAGAGGAGAACUAUCAGCAGGCCGUGCAGGAGUAUUCUCACGCACAGAAGGUACUACAGCAGUACGGCCAGCAGCCAUCAUUCCAGGGUAUUCAGGAGGAUUGCAUCAAGAUACUUGAUGAGCUAAAGGAGCGACUCAAGGGUGAGUUCCGGCAGACGGGCAAAUCCGCCCAAUCGCUGACGGAAAUCGGCGAGUUGCUGCUCCAGCUCGGUGAACGGCCGUCUUCGCUGGCAAAAGAGAUGCUCGAAUGCGCCUCUAAGCGGCUGCACGAACAGAUCGUCGUCCUGCAGGAUCAAACCGAUCGCGACAUGAUCGAGUUCAUCGAUCUCGGCAUCGAGGGCUUCCUGAAGGAUCUUACGCUGGUGAUCAGCUCGUACAACGACAUGUUCCUUACGAGGCACCUCGAACAGGAGGCGGACAAUUUUGAGCAGGUGGCACGGCUCGACCUGAACGAGUUCGUCAACCGAAAUGUGGACGAGUACCUAGGCCUGGUGCAGGAUCGAGCCGAGCUGGAGAUUGGCCACGGAGACUCGCAGAUUAUCCUCCGUGGGUUGGAUCGCCUGCACCGCCGCAUGACGGCAAUGAAAUCGCUCUGCCGUGCGGUCGACAUGAGCAAAUCGGGUAUCGACAUUAUCGUCAACGCCGCCCAACAACUCUGCCAGACGCACAUGCGCUCGUUGAAGGAUCAUUUCGCGGACCGUCUUAGUUCGGUACGGUUGGCACUUGUUUCGUCCAACACAGCCUCCACCGGUAGCGCUUCCGCUUCGUCCUCGCAAUCGGCAGCGGGUGGUGGACAGAGCAGUGCCAGCGGAACCCCAGGCAGUGGUCCGGGAGGACUUCGAGAGCUCAUAUCGAACCUGUACAUCUCCACCAUCGAAAAGGUGAAAGGUCUGAUGCAGGAUCUACUGAUCUUCUUGCAGCCGGAGUGGUCCUUCAACCUGAAGGGAGACCCGAAAGGUAUCCAAUGCAUCGAAGGUAUCCGGGAGAACCUACUGGUUGCGUUUCUACACCACUUCUGCUCGACAGUGAAUGGAUACGGAAAUGUCAGCUCCACCGCACCUCCAACGCUGCUGCUCGUGCUUUCGAAGGUGUGCCUCGAGAUGGACCGUGCUGGUGUUCACGCGCUAACCUCACUCGUGGACGAGCUGUACAGUCUGGAUGCAGAGCGUAGUGCAUCGCUCGUGCACGAGUCAGAGCUCUGUACGGAGAUGCGUGAUUCCGCCCAGUUGCUGCUCGAUUCGUACGUACGCGUACAGGGUCUUCAUCUUUCGCAGAUGCUACGGAAAAGCGUGGAAACACGUGACUGGCUCAACUGCCUCGAACCGCGAUCGGUACGAGCGGUCAUGAAGCGCGUUGUGGAAGAGAUUUCAUCCAUCGAGCUCGUGCUUGGCGAGCUGUACGAUAGUAGUGCGAUCACGCACGGUGGCUCACGUACCACUGCCAGCAGUGAUUCCAGCCGCAAGACCCACUUCAGCAUGGCUGCCUCGAAGCAAUCACAAUUCCGGUCGACUUGGUCGACCUAUACGCCCCAAUCGCAGCUAGAUAGCAGCUUCGUAUCGAACAUCCAGCGGUUGUUCUCGGAGAAGAUCGAAAUAUUUGCACCAGUCGAAUUCUCGAAGGUUUCCAUCAUCACGGGUGUUAUUAAGAUCUGUCUCAAAACGCUGCUGGAAUGCGUACGACUGCGCACGUUCAGUCGGUACGGUCUGCAACAAAUUCAGGUGGACGCACACUACCUGCAGAUGAAUCUGUGGCGCUUUGUUAGUGAUGAAAACUUAAUCCACGUGCUCCUCGACGAAAUCCUCGGAUCGGCCGUGCUUCGCUGCCUCGAACCCAUCCUCAUGGAACCCAACGCGGUGGAAAUUAUCUGUGAACGAAACUAGCCAGUAGCGGACUAGCAGCUUUCAAUUACCCAUGCGACGAGCAUCCGAAACCAUUUACAUGCAUGCGCAAGUCAUAACCAAUAAAAGACUCGCGAAUGGUAUUAUAUUUAUGGAAAAUAAAAUGGCUAAAUUGUACUUAAUGCUAGUACAGCC